UCCGCGACAGCCGCUAUGGAGGCCGGCAGGACCGCGGUUCUUCGGGUAAAGCGGAAGCGCAGUGCGGAGCCCGCCGAGGCUCUGGUGUUGGCUUGUAAACGCCUCCGAAGCGGCGAGGUCGAGUCGUUUGCUCAGAAGACGCCAGAGCGUCUGGACAGAGCGGCAGAGAAUAAUGUCUUUCAGUUGGUGGCCACCGUGCGCUCCCAGGAGGAGCCAAUCCAGCCGCUCGUGCGGGCUGCCCUUCGCCCUUCCCGGAGCAGCCAACAGCGUAUUCGCCGUGAUCUCCGCGCCACAGCCCGGGAGGUCAGGAAAGAGGGCCGCUACCGAGUGGUCUCCAACCGCCGAGCGUCAGGGACCUCCGGCAGCCUGGAGUCUGAGUACGCACCAGGGACCUCAGAAGCUUCCGCGGGUUCAGGUUUCCAGCUGUUGGACCUGGUACAUGAAGAGGGAGACCCAGAGGCCUCCUCUACGGACUCCAGCAAAACAUCUGACCCAGAUGUGAUCCUCUGCAAUUCAGUAGAGUUGAUUCGUGAGCGGCUGACUGUAUCUGAGGAUGGCCCAGGAGUUGGACACCAGGAGGAACAAAAGCAUGACGACUAUGUGUAUGACAUCUACUACUUGGAGACAGCCCCUCCAGGGUGGAUUGAGAACAUCCUCUCUGUGCAGCCUUAUACCCAGGAGUUGGAGCUGGUAAAGGAUGAUGAGCAACCUGAAGACACUUAUGAAGAUGAAGAUGAUGAAAACAGUGAGAAUAACUGGCGUAAUGAAUACCCAGAAGAGGAAAGCAGUGAUGCGGAGGAAGAUUCCAGAGGUUCUGAUGACUGUGACAGCUUCAGUGAGGAAGAAGGAGGCAGCAGGCGACAGGUAUGGUGCAAGUACCCUCUGGAUAUACAGAAGGAGUUUGGCUACGACAACCUCCAGGACCUGGAUUCAGACUGAUGGGCUUGUAAUGGCCAUGAGGUUCUAUCACAGGCCCAAGAGGGCUCUGUACUUAGGAUUGACUGGCCUGGUGACAUCCUCUUGCAGCAGCAGUCUAGAUAAUAACUCUUAGGACAGGAAAUAGAGCCGGGCAUGGUGGCGCACACCUGUAAUCCCAGUACUUGGGAGGCUGAGGCAGGAGGAUCGCU